CGCCCUGGGCGGCGCCUCUUUAAGUUCAUUGACAGCUGGCUGCUAGCAUGAAACAUUUCAGUCACACAGCUGUUCAACGAUGCAAAGCUGUCAUAAAGAACAUCUGUACAAAAUCCUUGUCAUCGGUGAUCUAGGAGUUGGUAAAACCAGCAUCAUAAAGCGUUAUGUUCAUCAGACAUACUCCACUAACUACAGAGCGACCAUCGGUGUGGACUUUGCGCUUAAGGUUUUAAACUGGGACUCAGAGACGAUCCGCUUACAGCUGUGGGACAUCGCAGGUCAGGAGCGCUUCGGGAACAUGACCCGGGUGUAUUACAGGGAGGCCAUGGGGGCGAUCGUCGUUUUCGACGUUAACAAGCUCGCAACGUUUGAGGCCGUCUCCAAAUGGAAGGAGGAUCUGGACUCGAAAUUAAUACUUUCAAAUGGCCAGGGUAUUGCCACCGUGCUCCUGGCCAAUAAGUGUGACCAAAACAACGACUUUCUGACUAACAACAGCAUGAAAAUGGACCAGUACUGCAAAGAGAAUGGGUUUGUGGGCUGGUUUGAGACGUCUGCUAAGGAAAACAUCAACAUUAACGAAGCAGCCAACUUCCUAGUGAAACACAUAAUGGCUAGUGAGCAUGACAUCCUCAAAUCUGUGGUCCCGGACACAAUCUCGCCUCAGCUGAGCUCCACUAAAGAGCUGCCCUGCUCUGCCUGUUUCAAAUCUUGAAUCACUACAGCCUAUAGAAGCAGCAGGUGUGGACACAGUCACAUCAGAUUCCCUCUGAUUCCAGCAUUAUAUGAUCAGUUAAGAUUUUUCAUUAAACAGCAGCUUGUCUGUAAAAUAUUAAACUACAGACUUUAUAUAAAUGUAUUUAAAUACGUUGCACUUUUUUUAGCCUUUUUUAUUAUUUAUGUCUAAUAAAAGUCUAGUAUGAUUGAAUGCACUAGAUGAGAGAUGAGAUAUUAUUUCUGUCAGAUGCACGGGCAGAAGGGUGAAUUAUGAUUAUUGUAAUAAAAAACAGUAGUAUUUUAUUAGGACACUCUCAGAAAAAUGCUACAAAAGCUGUCACUGGGGUCACAGCUUCUCAAAUGUACAUAUUGCUACAUAUUAGGACCUUUUUUGAAGGGCACCUAUGCAAAAUAGCCUUUUACAAGGUUUUUGGACAUAUAUGUGUGUUGGCAGUGUGUGAACAAAACCACCCUACAAUAAAAAAAAUCCACCCACUCCUUAUUUUUUAUUAAUCCCUAUUAAACCAAAGCAAUCUCAUUAGACAUGCCAUUUUGAUUCUCUUGUUAAUGUGACAUCACACUGAUAAAGCCCCACCCAUUGCCACUGACUGACAGUCAUACAUUACCACAGUGUCUGCACUCAGCAAGUUGUACGCUGUCUGCCAUAUCUCAAUAGUGACUGUGAUCACAGGAAUCAGAUCUAUUUUAGAUUUUAAAUUUAAAGCUCCAAUCAUCUCAGUCCUCUGGAGAUCCCGAAAAAAAUCUGUUGGUCCUUCAGUGACUACUUCACUUGGCUCGGAUAGCUGUCAAUCACAGCUUCCAAUCAUGACAUCACACCACUGUUUUUAUAGCAUUAAAUAAAACGUCCCGAUAGCACUGGAUGUUUUGGCUUCACUUUUUAGGGCUUGUGCGGCACGCUUGCAAGGGAGUUGCCAAAUUUGUGCAUUUAAAGGUACAGACACGAAAACAGCGCAUUAUUGCUCCCACCCAAAGUGACAUUGUAGACAUGCUAUAAAAAUUAUCUGUGGGGUAUUUUGAGAUGAAACUUCAUAGACACAUUUUGGGCACCCCUGAGAUUACUUCUUGUAAAAAUGAGCAUAAUGGGUGCCCUUUAAAAGGUACCAUUCUAGUGACAGCUUUUGCACUUUUUGUACCAGUCUGUGUAUUUUUUUUCUGACAUAACCUCAGUGUCAUAUGAAACAUAACAUGUUUUUAAGAAAUCUAGCGCUUUAGACUAGAUUUAAGAUAUGCAUUAGUUCAUUAGCAUGUGUAUUUUCUAAGAAUUAAACCCAUGACCUUGGCAAUGACAGUACCAUGCUCUAUGGUUGAGCUAAAUUUAUUUAAAACUAAACAAAGCUUUUAUACAAUAACACCUGGUUUGUCUUAUCUCUCACCAUCCCACUGUUACAUUCCCCUUUUCAGCAUUCUUCCUUCACUCUGCAUCUCAAAUCUUAUCACAGUUUGCACUGAUUCAGUGUGUGACUCAUUGACGUUAUAUAAAUCUGCCAUGAUUCCCUACAUCACCGUAUUCUGUAUUCAAGCGCUUUAAAUCUAUUGAUUUGCUGCCAUAUGCAGCUGUACCUGCGGCAAACAAGAGGCUUUUAUUCCCUGAUAAUAUUUUCGAAUGUGGGAGGAGUUUAAUAAUUAUGUAAUGUAUUGUAUAACCAAAUAUUUUUCCAUGAGCCAUUUUGUUCAAGAAUGUUGUGUAUAGUUUAAUGUAUAAAAAUAUGCAUUGACAAUUGAAAAUAUGUUUUUCAAUAAAAUGUAAUACAAAA